CUUCUCAAGUCUUGACGAGUCUGGACCCGGGUCCAACAACCCCUGAAUAUAUAUGAUGUGUUUUCUCGUUUGGCGCCAAUUCUCACCUUCUCGAACCUAGUGCUUCUCUCUCUCUCUUUCUUCCUCUCUCAAACCCUAAUUUUCACUCCCAUUUGUCCUUAAUCCCCAAAUCAACCGCCUAGGGUUUCACAAAGUCUCCGAUUUUCCAACACAACACACAUUCUGAUCAAUCUUCCUCAAUGGCCGAGCCUCGCGCCAAGCGAGCAAGAAUCGAAAGAGGGGAAGAUGAUUAUAUGCCUGGAAAUAUAAUAGAGAUUGAGCUCCAAAAUUUCAUGACCUUCAAUCACCUGAAAUGCAAACCGGGAUCGCGCCUGAACCUUGUAAUUGGGCCAAAUGGAUCUGGGAAGAGCUCUCUUGUGUGUGCCAUUGCACUUGGCCUAGGUGGUGAGCCUCAGCUGCUUGGGAGGGCGACGAGCGUCGGAGCAUAUGUGAAGCGUGGAGAGGAAUCUGGUCAUAUUAAAAUUUCAUUGAGAGGGGACACUAAAGAUGAACAGAUUAACAUUACACGUAAAAUUGAUACACGUAACAAGUCUGAGUGGUUGUUUAAUGGAAAGGCUGUGCCUAAAAAAGAUAUACUUCAAGUCAUUCAAAGGUUCAACAUCCAAGUCAACAAUUUGACUCAAUUUUUACCACAAGACAGGGUCUGUGAGUUUGCCAAAUUAACUCCUGUGCAACUUCUAGAAGAAACUGAAAAGGCUGUUGGUGAUCCUCAACUUCCUAUCCAACAUCGUGCACUCAUAGAAAAAAGCCGUGAGCUGAAGAACAUUCAGCUAUCUGUUGAGAGAAAUGGAGAGACUUUGAAUCAAUGGAGGGCACUGAAUGCUGAAUUAGAGAAAGAUGUUGAGCGUGUUCGUCAAAGAGAAGAACUUUUAACAAAGGUUGAAUCCAUGAAAAAGAAAUUACCUUGGCUGAAGUAUGACAUGAAGAAGGCUGAAUAUAUGGAAGCUAAGGAGCAGGAAAAGGAUGCAAAGAAGAAGUUGGAUGAAGCUGCAAAAACCUUAAAUGACCUUAAGGAACCCAUUGAGAAACAAAAGCAAGAGAAGGCAGUCUUGGAUGCUAAAUGUAAAAAAGCUGGCCGUCUCAUAAAUGAAAAUUCAAAAAGACUUACAGAAAUUAUGUCAAAUGAAAGCCAUUUGGGGGUGCAAGUACGAGGAAAAUAUAAAGAAAUGGAAGAAUUGAUGAAGCAAGAAGAAUAUCGUAAACAAAGGAUCAUUAAAGCUAAAGAAGGUCUUGCUGCUGCUGAAGCAGAACUUGAAAAUCUGCCUCCGUAUGAACCUCCAAAAGAGGAGCUUGAAAAUUUAAAGGCUCAAAUCCUGGAACUAGAAGUUUCAGCUAAUAAUAAGAGGAAUCAAAAGUCAGAGAAGGAAAGACUUCUAGGUCAAAAGAAAAUGAGCCUCAGGAAUUGCCUGGACAGGUUGAAGGAUAUGGAGAAUACACACAACAAAUGUCUUCAGGCAUUAGUGAAAUCUGGAACUGAGAGGAUAUUUGAGGCUUAUCAUUGGGUGCAAGAACAUCGCAAUGAGUUCAAUAAAGAAGUGUAUGGUCCUGUUUUGCUUGAGGUUAAUGUCUCUGAUCGGGUUCAUGCAAACUAUUUAGAAGGUCAUGUCCCCUAUUACAUCUGGAAGUCUUUCAUCACUCAAGAUCCUAGGGAUCGGGACUUUUUAGUAAAAAAUUUGAAGUCAUUUGAUGUCCCAGUCCUAAAUUAUACGGGGGAUGAAGGUCGUGCACCCUUGCCCUUUCAACUAACUAAGGAGAUGCAUUGGAUUGGUAUCUAUUCUCGGCUUGACCAAGUUUUUAAUGCUCCCAAUGCUGUUAAGGAGGUUUUGACUAGUCAAUUUGGUUUGGAUCGUUCAUACAUAGGGUCCAAGGAAACUGAUCAAAAGGCUGACGAGGUUUUGAAUUUAGAUAUUCUGGAUUGUUGGACUCCAGAAAAUCAUUACCGAUGGUCUAAAUCUAGAUAUGGUAACCAUUUUUCAGCUAGUGUAGAUGCUGUGGGUCGCUCAAGUCUUCUUCUGUGUAGUUUAGAUGUUGGGGAAAUAGAAGUUAUGAGGUCUAAGAAAAUGGAGCUUGAAGAAUCAGUUUCUGUGAUUGAGGAAAGCCUUGGGUCAUUUAAGAAUGAUCUAAGAUACUUGGAGGAAGAAGCUGCGAAAUUUCAUAAACAGCGGGAGGAUAUUAUCAAGAUUUUACAGCAUGAGAAGAAAAAACGGCGUGAAAUUGAAAGCCUAAUUGAUCAAAGGAGAAGAAAAUUAGAAUCUUUGGACAAGGAAGAUGAUUUGGAUACUCUUAUGGCGAAGCUUAUCGAUCAAGCUGCAAAAUAUAACAUUCAGCGAUUCCAUUGUGCAAUGGAAGUUAAGGAGUUACUUGUUGAGGCUGUUUCUUUCAAGCAGAGUUUUGCAGAAGUGCAUAUGGCAUCCAUUGAAUUUGACGCCAAGAUUAGAGAUUUGGAAGUUGAUCUUAAGCAGCAUGAAAAGUUUGCUAUGCAAGCAUCACUGCACUUCGAAUAUUGUAAGAAGGAGGUAGAGAAUUUUAGACAGCAGCUUUCAGCUGCCAAGAGACAAGCAGAAUCAAUAGCUACGAUCACUCCAGAACUUGAAAAGGAAUUUCUUGAGAUGCCUACUACUAUUGAGGAAUUGGAGGCUGCCAUUCAAGAUAAUAUAUCACAGGCUAAUUCUAUGCUUUUUUUAAACAACAAUAUUUUGGAAGAAUAUGAACACCGUAAAAACCAGAUAGAAGAUCUUGCAAAAAAACUUGAAGCAGAUAACAAGGAGCUGAGGAGGUGUUUAGCUGAAAUAGAUAACUUGAAGGAAAAUUGGCUUCCAACAUUGAGAAAUCUUGUUGCUCAGAUAAACGAGACUUUCAGUCAUAACUUUCAAGAGAUGGCUGUCGCAGGAGAGGUUUCAUUGGAUGAGCAUGACAAGGACUUUGAUCAAUUUGGAAUACUUAUAAAAGUCAAGUUCAGGCAAGCAGGACAGCUCCAAGUUCUCAGUGCUCAUCAUCAGUCUGGAGGGGAACGGUCGGUAUCAACCAUUCUUUAUCUUGUUUCUCUCCAAGAUCUUACAAACUGCCCAUUUAGGGUUGUGGAUGAGAUAAAUCAGGGGAUGGACCCUAUAAAUGAACGAAAGAUGUUCCAGCAACUAGUGAGAGCUGCCAGCCAACUGAACACACCACAGUGUUUUCUACUGACUCCAAAGUUGCUACCUGAUUUGGAGUACAGUGAGGCAUGUAGCAUUCUGAAUAUAAUGAAUGGGCCUUGGAUUGAUCAGCCCUCAAAAGUGUGGAGCAGUGGAGAUUGCUGGGGAUCUGUCACAGGUGAGGAAAUGGUUCCCAUGAUAGAAGCAAAAGAUUGCAACAAAGUUUGGACUUGUAAGGGUGAUGACCGAUGCCAGGCAGACCGUCAAAACCAAUUCAAGGGCAAGGGAAUAUGUGACGCAUACACCGCACCUUUGGUUCCGAUGCAGUGCUUUUGUGUAUACCCAUCUUGAUUAUGCAACAUGUACUGAGAAUAUUGGUGUUAAAAUUAUUGAACUCUAUGAUUAUGGUUAUGGAUUAUUU